AUGAAUCAAGCCGAACAACAAGAAUACUAUGAAAACCUUUAUCAUUUGGCCCAAAUAUCAGUCUACAAAUUAAACUCUUCAAAAAACACUCUACGACAUCAAUUACUCAUACGAAAUGUGCUGAUUCUAUCCUCCAAUCUGAUAACAACAAGCCAGUCCAUACAAGAAGAGCAAGGCUGGUUAGAUGCCUGCUUUGAUGAGCUAAUGGUAGAAGAAGAUCAAGACGCCCUCAUGGAGGAUAAUAAUGAAAACCUGUUGGUCAUGGCUAUUCCCUUUGAGUUUAUCAAUGAAAAGGAAAGAACAGGUGCCAUCAUCUUUAUGUAA